AUGUAUGGGGGAGAGCCAGUCCCUCGAGUUCACAGACCAGUCACAAGAGGAUUUCAUAUACCGACAAAACAACAGCCAGUUGUUCCAGAAGUACCAAAUUGCACUUGUUUGGUGAGCCACGGAAUUGAACGAUGCUGUAGAAAGCUCGUCCAUUCCAAUGAUUUACAAGCAGUUCAGGAAGAAAUGAGAAAGAAAACCGUGAAGCCUUUUUUCGCCCGCUCGGUUCCAAAAAUACUCGAUUAUUUUGCCAAAGAAUGGGGCCUCACCUCCAGUUCUCAAGCUUACUCGGUCAAAAUUGCCUGGGAUGCAGCCGCUUUGCUCGAUAAAACAAUAUCUACUGUUGCUGCUGAAAUUUACGACGCCGCUCAAGUCAACGAAAAGCAAGCUACAGACAUGCUGCGACAGCUGGAAUCCCAUAUCAUUCCUCGCCUUGCCUCUGCGCUGCGAAUUUGCGUCAAGAAAGAUUCAGCAGUGAUUCUAGUGCCAGCUAGUAAGUGCGUUGAGUCUUUACGGCGACUUGGACAUGAAAUGACGGAUAGCCAAUUCAACAGAUCAGAGCAGCUUAUUCUGCGGCGAAUGGGAUACCGGCUUGAAUCCCUGAUUGAGAGAUUGCACAAUGAAACGAAUGUCUGCCCUAAUCCAAAGAUGCUCUGGAGCCACACGGAAUCGCUUUUGGAAGUUUACAUGCUUCACCGUACCGCGAUUCUCAAAGAAGCCUCGACUCGCCGCAUCCCAGUCCAAAUCGACACGUUCGUCGAAUCUGCCACUGUAAUCAUUAUGUCUUCCCUCCUUGCCGAGCCCAACAUCUCCGUCAAAGACGUCAUGACGACCGUCAGCGUCUUUAUCAACAGAGAUCAAAAAUACGUUGCUGCUUUUUGCGAUUUGGCAAUUUAUUACCUCAUCAAAUAG